AAAAAAAAUAAUAUUGCUAUUUUCAUAAAAAUGUUACGGUAUUCAAGUCCAUUAGUUCAAGUAAUAAUCGUCGGAGUUAUAUGCUUGCUCAAUCCUGGCAUGUUUAAUGCGUUAAAUGGAAUUGGAGGAGCAGGUCAACUUGAUACCACGGUUGCGGCGAAUGCAAAUGUAGCAUUAUAUACGUGUUUUUCCAUAGGAGGAUUAUUUGCGGGCGCAAUUGUUAAUAAGUUGGGUCCAUCAAUUUCAUUGGCUCUUGGUGGAUCAACUUAUGCUUUAUAUUCAGGUUCAUUAUUAUAUUAUAAUCAUAAACAUCAUCAAGCAUUUCCAGUUACGUCAGGUGCUAUUCUUGGUUUUGGCGCAGCACUUUUGUGGACGGGUCAGGGUGCUAUCAUGUUAUCUUACCCUACCGAACGUAACAAAGGGAAAUAUAUUGGAUUAUUUUGGAUUAUUUUUAAUUUGGGUGGUGUACUAGGAAGUUUGAUUCCAAUCGCGUUAAAUUGGAACGGUACAAACGGUGGUAACGUAAAUGAUGGAACAUACAUUGCAUUUUUAGUGUUAAUGGGACUUGGUGCUUUAUUAUCUUUAACUUUAUUACCACCGCAUAAAGUAACUCGUGAUGAUGGAAAACCUGUUGAAGUACAAAAAUUUCCUAAAUGGAAGGAUGAAUUUACUCAAGUUUUUAAAUUAUUUCUUGAUUGGAGAAUGUUGAUUUUAAUUCCAAUGUUUAUCGCUAGUAACUGGUUUUAUGCGUAUCAUUUUGACGUGGUGAACGCGGGUUAUUUUAAUAUUAGGACAAGAUCAUUUAAUAAUUUAUGGUAUUGGGCUGCUCAAAUUGUAGGUGCUAUGGGAUUUGGAAAAUUCCUUGAUACACCUUUAUUGGGAAGAAAAAGUCGAGGAAUUAUAGGAUUGUUUAUAUUAUUUAUUAUGAUUAUGGCAACUUGGGCUGGAGGUUUAGUUUUUCAAUUAACAUUUACCAGAAAUGAUGAAAAAAAGAAUUUUGAUUUAUUCGAUAGUGGGUACGCCGGGAAAUUUAUACUUUAUUUUUUAUAUGGAAUAAAUGAUGCGAUGUAUCAGUGUUAUGCGUAUUGGAUUAUGGGAUCACUUACAAACAAUGCGAGCAUACUAGCACGUUAUUCAGGAUUUUAUAAAGCAAUACAAUCAGCUGGAGGUGCAAUCUCAUGGCGAAUAGAUGCAGUAGGUACACCCUAUUUGGUCGAAUUGUUGAUUUGUUGGGCUUUAUUGGCAAUUUCUUUUCCUUGUACUUUUAUUGUCGCAAUGAAGAUCAAAGAAACUAGUGAUGAAGUUGAUAGUGAAAAGACGGGACGUGAAAUAUCAAACUCAGAAAAUGUGGAACGUAAGGGUGGUGAGACUAACUCGGAUGCUAUUUAACGAUAAAAUAAUUUUGGAAUAAUUUUUUUUAACUCUCAAUUCACAUAAUACUUUAUAAUUUUAUUUUUU